CAUUGAGUGUCGCCAUCCGCAAUAGGGCAUAUCCCUCCUUCUACGUACUAAUCUCUAAGAAAUGUCUAAGGGUACAAGUUCAUUCGGUAAGCGUCACACCAAGACUCACACCUUGUGUCGUCGUUGUGGUAAUCGUGCCUUCCACAAGCAAAAGAAAACCUGUGCUCAAUGUGGUUAUCCUGCUGCCAAGAUUAGAUCUUUCAACUGGUCUGAAAAGGGUCAACGCAGAAAGACUACCGGUACCGGUCGUAUGGCUCACUUGAAGGAUGUUCAACGUCGUUUCAAGAAUGGUUUCCGUGAAGGUACUCAAGCCAAGAAGGUCGUUGCUGCCUCUGCUUAAACACUUUUUAUCUUUUUUUAAAAAAAAACAAAGGUUGAUUUUGCAUAAUUUUUUUUUUUUUCAUAUAUGCGAUUAUUUAUUAAAGUUUUAUUAGAGAAAAAAAAAGGAAGGGGAUAGGUGGGGGGUUCAUUUGAGGAUUGAAUGUCAAACUCAAAAAAAAAAAAAAAAUACAAGUGAAAGAGAGAAAAUUAUUAGUGGGUUUACAUGAUACCAGAAUCUUGUAAACUCAUGUUAAGAAUCGUGCGUUCAACUGUGUUGAAUACCAGUUGCAUCUAUUUGUAGGAUUAGGGUUAGACAAGUGUUAGACAAGUGGCAAUUUGGCACUUACAUCGGAUGUGUUUGUUGCUUGUGUCACACUAAA